UUUAUAUAUGCUCAAAAAUGCAUUAGGAGUAGUACUUAUCCAGCAAUUUGCUUUGGCCCUUUCAUUCCCUUUGCUCGGUUUAAUGGCCCGGUCCCUCUCGUCUUCUUACUUACGGUUCACUUGCUAGUUCUCACUCACAUGAAUGGCGGAGCAGCAUACUAGUGUUGCUACGAGCGAAGCAAAGCAAAGCAAAGCACGAAGAGCAGAACAAAGAGACAGCGAGAGCAAGGAGAGUUUGCGUGUUCAUGGUUGAUGCCUUGAUGGGAGAAAUGGCUAGUGCCAACAACUGGUUAGGCUUCUCCCUCUCCCCGCACAUGGCCAUGGAGGCGCCCUCCUCUUCUGAACCCGCGCCUGCUCAUCACCCUCCGCCUUCUGCUAAUGCUACGGUGUCCUCUUCCACAAACAACUCCACCACUUGCAACUUUCUCUUCUCCCAUCCUGCGCAAAUGGCCGCUCAUUCGUCUGGGUACUACUACGUCGGCGGCGCUUAUGGAGAUGGCACCAGUACUGCCGGUGUAUACUACUCCCACCCGCAUCUCCCUGCCAUGCCUGUCAAGUCUGAUGGCUCCCUCUGCAACAUGGAAGGCAUGAUGUCGUCCUCCUCACCGAAGCUGGAGGACUUCUUGGGUGGUGGCAAUGGCGGUGGGCAUGAUACGGCCACCUACUACAGCCACCAGGAAGGCCAAGAAGAGGAGGCAGGCAGGAGCUACCAGUACCAACACCACCAGCUAGUCCCCUACAGCUUCCAUCCUUCGACGGAAGCAGAGAUGCUCCAAGAAGCAGCCGCAGCGCCAAUGGAGGAGGCAAUGGCCGCGGCCAAGAUCUUCCUCGUCGCGAACUACGGCGCUUGCUACAGCAACGGGGAGAUGCAGCCGCUGAGCCUGUCCAUGAUGAGCCCAGGGUCCCAGUCGAGCAGCUGCGUCAGUGCGGCUCCGCAGCAGCAUCAGAUGGCUGCUGUAGCCGCUGCCACCUCUGCGGCCGCUGCCCAGGGGCGCUGUAAUGGCGGUGGUGAGCAGUGCGUGGGGAAAAAGAAGGGCCCCGGGAAGGGAGGCCUCAAGCAGCCUGUGCACCGGAAGUCCAUCGACACGUUUGGCCAGAGGACCUCCCAGUAUAGGGGUGUCACCAGGCACAGGUGGACUGGGAGGUAUGAAGCCCACCUCUGGGACAACAGUUGCAAAAAGGAUGGGCAGACAAGGAAAGGAAGGCAAGUAUAUCUAGGUGGUUACGAUACCGAAGACAAGGCUGCGAGGGCUUACGAUCUGGCUGCUCUGAAAUAUUGGGGGCCAGCUACUCAUAUCAAUUUCUCUCUAGAAAUCUAUCAAGAUGAGCUUGAGGAGAUGAAAAGGAUGACAAGGCAAGAGUAUGUUGCGCACUUGCGAAGGAGAAGCAGUGGGUUUUCUCGAGGUGCUUCGAUCUACCGAGGAGUGACAAGGCAUCACCAGCAUGGAAGAUGGCAGGCUCGCAUUGGCAGGGUUGCUGGGAACAAGGAUCUGUACCUCGGCACUUACACCACUCAAGAGGAAGCAGCUGAGGCGUACGACAUAGCUGCCAUCAAGUUCCGUGGCUUGAAUGCAGUGACAAACUUUGACAUCACCAGAUACGACGUCGACAAGAUCAUGGAAAGCAACACGCUCCUGCCUGGGGAGGAAGCACGUAAGGUCAAGGCGGCAAACGGUGUAUCUGUGAUGCACAAUGGUGGCAGGGAGCUCAACCCUGCCGAAGAAGCAAGCGCCACGGGAACCGACUGGAGGAUGGUGCUGCAUGGAUGUCCUCAGGAAGCCGUACCAUGCGCCGAAGCAUCCGAUCUUCAGAAGGGCAUCAUGGGCGACCCCCACUCCUUGCAUGGCAUCGUUGGCCUCGACGUCGAGUGCACAGCGCAUGACCUCGACGUUUCGGGCAGGACCGGUGGCAUCAACUUCUCAAACUCGUCCUCGCUGGUGACAAGCCUCGGCAACUCCAGGGAGGGGAGCCCUGAGAGGUUGGGCCUGGCCAUGCUCUACGCCAAGCACCCAACCGCCGUCAGCCUGGCUACCAUGAGCCCCUGGAUGCAAAUGCCGGCGCCGACACCGCCACCGCCACCCGUGUUCAGGCCGGCGAGUGCCGUCUCUCACCUUCCUGUGUUCGCCGCUUGGGCGGACGCGCAGCUUACGUAAGUUGCUGCCCAGUCUUGCUAGUUAUUGGCCCUUUUUGUAAACUGAAGCAAGAUCAGUAGCACCAGUUGCCAAUAUUAGGUAAGUUGGUUGGAAUAGCGAACGAUAGGUUAAUUGCCAAUGUAUGAAGGUGGUGUAACGUUAUGCAGGAGGGGGUGUAGGCGUUAGUCCCACGCUCAUGCACAAUUAUAGUGCUAGUGGUAGCGUUCUUUUCAGCCUUUUUUGGGCAAUUUGGGUUUGAUGUGGCAUGACUUUGAACGUUACAUGAAACAAGACUGU